CUCAAAGCGGGCCCGCGCUAGUGGCUCGCGUUCAGUAGCGGGGCGCGCUUCGCGCUGAACGGACGGUGGAUGUGUCGCGCUUGUUUUUCACGCUCGACGCGCGGCGGAACGUGCGAUGCGCCUGGGAAGGAUUGAACGAACGAUCGAUCGGGCUACGCUCGCCGCUGCGAUUCAACAUGUCCAUGAAGCUCGAGACGCUCGUUACGCGCGAGACAAAUGACGGUCUGUUACUUGGGGCCCCGGUUUUUCGUCUUCUGGUCAAUCGUCAACCGGAGAAAGAAUCGCCUUGGGACGUGGAGCUGCAUUUGGCGGCGGCACGCGGGGACGCCAAGCGCCUUGGUAUUUUAUUGGAUUCCGGACGCGUCCACGUUGAUUGCAAGGACAAGGACGGCACGACACCUUUGAUACUGGCCGCCGCCGGUGGCCACAUCGACGCCGUGACCGAGCUGUUGAACCAAGGGGCGGAUUCCAAUGCCAAGAGGCUGACCGGGACGACGGCUCUGUUCUUCGCCGCCCAGGGCGGUUACAUGGACAUCGCGGGUCUGCUCUUGGAGCACGGCGCGAUCGUGGAUUCGUGCAGCAUAGACGGCGGCACGCCGCUCUUCGUCGCAUGCCAGUACGGUCAUCUGGACGUCGUGGAGGGCCUGAUAGAGAGAGGCGCCAGCCCGAACGCGCAUAUGAAGGACGGCGCCACGGCGUUGUUCAUCGCCGCCCAGAACGGCCACCUUCGUAUUCUGGAGGUCCUCCUGGAGCACGGCGCGAAGACGGACGCGGUGAGGACGGACGGCGCCACGCCGCUGUGGAUCGCGUCGCAGAUGGGACACGACCACGUCGUCAGGAGGCUGCUGAGAGCUGGCGCGAAGGUCGACGCUACGAGACACGACGGUGCAACUCCGCUCUUCAAAGCCGCCCACAAGGGCCACACCGCGGUCAUCGGCGAGCUGCUCAAGUACCGUCCCUCGCUCGGCGUGCUCCCGAACGGCGAAAGUGCGCUACAUGCGGCAGCCUUGACGGGACACAUGACGGUCGCGAGGCAGCUCGUGGGAGCGGGGGCUGAUCCCUUGCUCGUGAAUCAGGAAGGCAUCACGCCGCUUCAACUGGCCGUCCGACACUCGCAGACGCAGGUCGCCAAUUACCUGAAGGAUAAAGUGAGAGUGCGAACCGCAUCCUGUUAGCAAUCUUCCUCUGUCCUAUAUUAUUAAGAAAUUUUACAUUAUAGAUGUGAACGAAAAAAAUAUGUAUGUACUAUACAGUUAAACUCCGCAGUAUGUAUGCUAACAGUAUACAUCAUACUACCAUAUCGAGAAUCUCGAGACGUUGUUCGACGAGCUCGACUCAAAGAUCAUAGUCUUUCUAAGCAGGAUGUAGCGUACGCAAAUGGAGUGUCGUGAAAAAAAAAGAGAGUAGCCUCGCUUUAAAGUCGACAAGAGUUUUAUUAUUGGAAAAGAGAAUGUUAUAUAAUGUUUAAAUGUGAAAUGUUAUUUUAUUAUUUUAUUAUAUAUGUUAUUAAAAAGUAUAUAUUAAAAAUGCGAGGCAUAAUAUAUAAUAUAUAUAUAUAUAUAGGUAUAUCUUUUUAUCGCUAAUAAAACUCUUAUCGACGCUGAAAAUAAAAUUGCGCUCCUCUUUUUCGUACGCCACUCUAUGUUACACAAGUGAUACCAGUAAUCACACGAAAUAUAAGUGACAAUGAAGAGAAAUUUAAUUUCGUGUAGUAAUAUUAGCGGAUACGCUAAGAGCGUAAAUAAGUCGAUUAUAUGGAGACUGCGAGCAGGAAUCCGUCUUUGCGAAAGUGAUCAGGUCUGUUUGUUUAUGUCGUUCUUUCCAAAGCCAGUUACAUUUUAAGUACAGAAAAUAAUUAAAAAAAGUGCGAUUAAAACAGACAGACCCAUUGUUAUGUAGUGUAUAUAAACAUGAUACCAUUUUGUUCCGUUGUAAAUUUUGAUAAAAAUAUUUUAAUACAGUUUUCUAUUGUCGGACGUACAAAAUGGCGUCGGAAUGUUGCGCACGUCGAAAAAUGAUGCAGCUCUUUCUUUCCAUUAUAUUCCACAGUAUAGUAUAGAUUUCAUAAACUUUACCUAUUAGCAGUAAUCUAAUGUGCAAUGAAAAUUCAACGUGCAUCAGCAGUCUGUCUACGAAAUAAUUAUACUGACUGCAGUAUAAUUGUUGGGGAAGCAUUAUCGGUUGAUUUAUUGAAAUUGACGCGUUUACAAGACUGACUGAUUUGCCUUGAAAUAUAUAUUUUCUUAUUAUGCAGGUAUAAAGUGCAAACCUUUUUAUCAGUUCCAUUGUGCGAGGGUAUGUGAGACGAUAAGGUUAUACUUGCCACGUUUGUUCAGAACACAUUUUAUUAAGAUACGACAGUAUCAAUGCACACCGGGUAAUUUCCUUUAAAAAAUGAUAAUGAAUAAACGUACGAAAUGUCGCGUGCGUUACAAAUCUUCGGUUAUCGAAAAAGAAGUUUCUACUGAAAUUAGAGUACGCAGUGAUACUUAAAUAUUUUUUAGCGUUGUAGAAAAGUAAUAAGUACCCGUCCUGUCUUCCUAACAAACAGCACACGGUUCAUUAGGUGUAGUAAUCAUUAAAUUGUUAACGAAAAAGUGCAAAAAAUCAAUAAAGUGCUCUAUCAAGGAUGUAGACGACUCCUACUAGCAUAUAAAGAUAUAUGUUACAAAUAUACUCCGUUACGAAACAACUUCAUUGUUCCUUCGUAAAAUAUAUUAUGUGCGCAUAUAAUUUUAUACAAUUAUCGCUGAAUUGUUUGUACUUUUCUCUAAGGUUUAUCAUUAAUUUUCUCUUGCUAUAUAACUAAUCUAUACAUACGCAUGCUAAAUCAUUAACCAGGUUUGCUUCGCGCGUUAUCACAGAAUAGUUCACGCAAAAUUCGAAACGCCAUAAAUUACAAUUACAUUUCAAACUAUAUAUCGCUUAAAUAAAAAAUACAUUUUAAAUAGAAACUUUUUGUUUACUCUGUGAUGCUAAUACUGUAAUAAAGCUAAAUUUAUGACAAUAAAUUAUGUCCAAGUA